AAUGAUGGAUAGUUCUGCUAAAUUCCUGCAUAAAUGUAAAGUAUAAUAGCAGUGGGGUGAAAAGGCACCUGUGCAUACGGCAAACAUUGAAGAAGACGACGACUGUCAUCAACAAUGGCGAGACACUCUCGCCCAGGUGUUGGUUUUCUAUUGCUUCGUCGGUGAUGUUUUAUGAAACACUGAGGUGCAGCGCCAUGUUACGAUGCAUGGAGCUGCUGUGUGACGGGGCGGCUGUGUCAAACUCGCACCUUGAGAUGAUGUCCCGCAUUUUAACUCAGUUUUGAACGUGCUCGAGCGCCGGUUUGAGAAUGGAGGGCGGAGUCGGAGAAGUCCUGCUGUAGAUCAGGAGCUUUCAGCGAUCCUGAAUGAGUUGUGGAAACUGGACGUGAACUGUGUGAAGCCAGGAAAAGACUACACCAUCAAUCUGCAGGUUUCAUAAACCUCUUGGACAACUAUGAGAUGUCCACAGGUGUGGCAGAGAAAGUGACUAGUGAGGAGCUGGAGGAGAAUAACAUCUUCCUCAAUGCCAUCCUACAGACCCAGGUCAUGAAGCUGGAUGUGAACGACCGUGUCAUUAGUCUGCAGUUCAGCUGGAAAGGCCUGCUGAAGCCAUUGGGCAGCUCCUUCAUUGGCGUUAGCCCUGAGUUUGAGGUGGCACUCUACACCAUCAUCUUCCUCAACAGAAACGAUCAAGUAUCCAACACGGUUGUGAAAGUGGAUAAGUACUUGCUGGAGGUCAUGGUGUGCCGACAGGGACAUGCUAUUGGAACGUCCUACCCCAAACUCCUUGACAAAACACUGGGGGCCUGUAGUUUCUCUACUGACCAGUCUAAGAAGAUUUAGUUUUCCUUUAGCCUUUUAAGCACCAUUAUUACAAGCAACAGCUUGGUUUCAAAAAGACUCCUUGUUGCUUUACAUUACAGUUGGAAUUGUUUACUAUACUGUUACUGACCAGUACUAUAGUGCUGUUUAUUACUAACUCUCUACCUAAUUGCCAUUGAGAGCUUACUGCAUCUGAAGAAUGGAAACUGUUACUCAUGUAUUUUAUAGGCUUAAAUUACAUAUUAUACAGCUUUGAAGUCAAAUUCCAGGGUAUAUAGAACAUUUGGGGGAAGAAAAAAAAAUUGUUACAAAAAGUAAUUACAAUUACACGUUUUGUAUAACUAGUUUUUAAAUUAGCCAUAUUUGUUCAUUGUGGUGUCUAUUUAAAUUUGGAGUACUAUGUAAUACUGCUUAAUAACCUGAGAAUGUCUUCAUGUCCAAAAAUGUGUGUUGCUGCUUCAUCAGCAUGUAAUUUAAUCAUUAAAAUUAUGGCUUUUAAAAUGUCCAUCUAUAUUUUUAAGGAAAAUAAAUUUAAUUUGUCUCACUAAA